AGAAUGCACUCACAGUAAAAAAAAAACUUUUUGGUAAAUUUCUUACAAGAGAUACAACAACUACCUGCUACCACACACUCACUGUCUUGGCCAGGCCACGAACAGCAAACUCUGUACAUUAGGUGGCAUUUGAAUGCUUACGGAUUCAUUUUAAAUUCAUUCGUCGAGUCGCACACACGGUUCGUCUAUUCGGCAGAGCUACAUACUAACCAGCUUCCACAAGUUCAAAUUUCGAAAAACGCUUCUCCAGCAGCUCGCAUCUCUUGGUCGAUUCAUUUAUUACGCGACUUUGAUAAGCAACCAACAUAGUCCAAAAAUUCACAGUACUCUUAAGCUAGUGCCACGACUUUAAUUUAACUUCAUCCAAAAGAACUUAAUCAUGGGUACAACCCGUGCUCCCUCUGCUGGUCUUCUUAUCGGAUCGGAAAUCCUCAACCCACCUGAAGGUGCAUUCAACGAAUCACUUCUUUCUGAAGCACUUCUACAAAUAGCCAAAAAAGAACUACGUGAAGAUAAUUGCUCACGUGAACAAUGUCUACAGCAACUCCGUAGCUGGAUGGAUAAAAACGAUGAUAUUCAAGAUACACGCAUUGAUGAUCUCUUUCUGCUAAGAUUUUUGCGUGUGAAAAAAUUCAGUGUCCCCAUGGCUCAACAAGUUCUCUUAAAAUACAUGAACUUGCGCAGAUCAUUUCCACACAUGACAAAUGAUUUGGAUUUCUUAGGAACUCGACUCAACGAAAUAAUUUCGGCUGGUUAUAUUUUUACCUCGCCCAUUCGUGAUAAAUUCGGACGCCGUGUUGUGAUAAUUAAUGCUAGACAUUUCAAUCCCAAAAUUUAUUCUAGCGAAGAGCAAGCAAAGGCACAUUUCAUAACUUAUGAAACUCUCAUGGAGGAACAUGAGAAUCAAAUACUUGGUUUAACACACGUCGGAGACUUUUCGGGUGUCACUGCUGGACACGUGACCAAUUGGAAUCCAACUGAAUUUGCUAGAGUUUUUAAAUGGGGCGAACAAUCGCUGCCAAUACGUCACAAAGAAAUACACUUAGUCAAUGUUCCUGCAUCUCUAAAAUGGUUAAUUGACUUUGUUAAGACUCGAGUCAGUCCAAAAAUUAAGAAUCGUCUUAAUUGUUAUGUUAGCGAAAAAGAUUUGCCAAAGCACAUGGAUGUAGAUUGUCUGCCUCUCGAAUUGGGUGGAAAAAUGCCCAUGAGUGAAAUGAUAGAAUCCUGGAAAAUAGAACUUGCAAAGAAGAGAGAUUCUUUGCUUCGAUUGGAUAACAUGAGGCUUUUAAGUGAUCAAGGAAUAACAACGAGCCGGAAUCCAGAUAAAUCCAACCAAAAUGGCACUAAUUUUGUUGCCCACUUUGAAUCCCUUGCUGGGAGUUUCCGUAAAUUAGAAAUUGAUUAAAAUAAAUUAAUAAUAUCCUACGAUAAGAAUUUAAUUUAAUAAAAGUAUUUCAGCCAGUUCACUAGCUAAAUUAAGAUUAUUAUCAAUCACAUUUUCAUAUGACCACACAUUGUCCCUUAUUUUUCAUUAAAAAAAAAUAUAAAAUUUAUGU